AUGGAUUUUUCAAACAAAAAAAGUGUUAAAACGUUAAACAAUAACAGUUACAAUAAUCACAAUAAUAUCAACAACAAUACUAUUAGUAUAAAUAAUAGUACCAAUAACAAUAAUAUUAAUAAUAUUAGUAACAACAAUGGUAUUAACAACAUCAUGAAUAACAAUGGUAAAGAAAGCGACGAACAUGCGGAAAAACUUUACAAAAAAAAUCACAUAAAAAAUAGGAAAACCGAUGAAAUAAAGAUAGGCUCUAACUUGUCGAGCAACAAUGACGUUUUGCAGUUACCAAGUGUGUUACAUAAUCAGAUAAGAAUAAUAAGAACAAAUGAUAGUUGUUUUAAAGAUUAUAUAGUGUUAAGUAAUUUAGGGAAAGGGACAUAUGCACAGGUAUGGAAAGUAAAGCAUAAAAUAACAAAUGAAAUUUUCGCAGCUAAAUUAUUACAACCAAAUCAAUUCCCACAAGAAUCAUUUAAUAGAAUAGUAGAAAUGUUUACAAAAGAGAUAAUUAACUUAUCCAUAUGCCAAUGUCCAGGUGUAAUAAAAUUACAUAAAGUGAUAGGAGGAAAAGAGGGAUGGAUACUUAUACAAGAUUAUGCGAAUGAUGGUACAUUAUGGAAAGAAAAUUUGUCCAGUAAUAUGAGUGAAGCCUUUUUAUAUUUUAUACAACUACUACAAGGAAUGUGGUUUAUUCAAGAUAUGAAUAUAGUUCAUAGAGACUUGAAACCAACAAAUAUUUUAAGAUAUGAUAAUAAAAGAAUUGUUAUAGCAGAUUUUGGAUGGUCUGAACAUAUUGAUUCUUGUAAUUUACAUCCAACAGAAUGGCCAGGAACUUUAGAAAUUAAUCCUCCUGAAGUGUUAAGAAAUACAGGUCCUAUGACUGAAAAAAUUGAUAAUUAUGCUCUUGGUAUGAAUAUGAUUUUAUUUAUAUCUGGUAGAUUUGUAUGUAGACAAAAAGGUAUAGAAUGUUCGAAAAUUGCACAAACUAUUUUAAAAACAGUGCAUAAUUUAAGACAUUCUAAACCUCCUAGUAGAUUUAGAGAAAACUUAAAAGCAUGGGAUUUAUUUGUUAAAUUAACUUCAUCAAAUCCUAGUGGACGAUUAAGUUUACAGAAUGUGUUGGACCAUCCUUGGGUCACUGAAAUGUUAAAUAAUUUUAGUUUGCAAAAUUCGAAAUUUUUAUGGCAUGAAAAGGUAAAAAGUAGGUGGAUUUACUUGCUAUCAAAUAAUUGGAAUUUUUUUAAAAAUAUCUCUUCUAUUUCUAAUGGUAAAAUUAACAGAAUUAAUGAGCUCGAUAGGGAGGGCAUUGCUGCAUCUAAAAUGAGUAGUAGCGUUAAUGGAGUAGCUACCUAUGGUAUAGAUAACAGUGAAAGUGAAUGUGGGAAUGGAAGUGGAAGUGGUAACGGUGGAAUUAUUAACAAUGGGAUAGGCAAUCAUGGGCUAGGAAAUCAUGGGAUAGGAAAUCAUGGGAUAGGAAAUCACAGCAUAAAUAACUGCGGAAGUGGUAACCAAAACAAAGCAACUGUAGUUACAGGUGUAGAUUAUCAAAAGGACAAAAACAGCAAAUAUACGCAUUCUUGUCUAAAAAACGACUAUGAAAUUCUUUAUUAUAUGAUGAAGAACAAUUUUAAAAAUAGAAUUAACUGCUGCUCCAUGAAAAAAAACGAUCCGCCUAUUAGCAAAAGUAAUGACAUGAAAGCUACUCAGGGUAGAGAUAGCAGUGGUGCACUAAAACAAAACCAUAUCAAUGAUGACGAUCGUAAUAAUGGCCGAAGUAAUGGUCGCAGUGAUACAGGCUAUAAUAUGUGUUGUAGUAAUAAUUCCAAUAGCGUGCUUCCCAAGUUUGGAAUUAUCACUAGCCCGAACGACGGAGAAGCAAAAAAGGAAAUUUUUAUUAUUAAUGAUAAUUUUGAAAAUGUUAAGGAUAAAUGCUGUAGAAAGAAGGGAGAAAAAAUCGUUAUGAAUAAAAACGACGCUAUUAUUAUAAAUGAUGAGGAUGAUGUUAUUAAUAUAAGUAGAAAAUAUGGGCGUAAAAAGAAAAACGGAAACUUGCUAAGCGGUAAAAAGGACGAAACAAAAAAUAUUAACUUUUUAGAUAUUAACAAAAAUAAAGAUUUUUAUACUGAUCUAGGGGAAAAUAAGGACAAAAAUGAGGAGUCUGAUUGGGGUAAGGAACAAGGGGGUAAAAAUUGUGUUAUUAUGGAUAGGGUGGAGGGGGUGAAAGAUCCGGUAGAGGUGGAAGUUGUAGAAGAUGACUAUAACGAUGAUAAUGAUAACGACAAUGACGACAAUGACGACGAUGAUGAUAAUGAUGAUAAUGAUGAGGAUGACGAUGAAGAAGAAGAUGAAGAUGAUGACGAAGAUGAUAAUGACGAAGACGAUAACGACAAUGAUGGUAAUGACGAGAAUGAUGAGGACGACGAUGAUGACAGUAGUAACAAAGAAGAGCAUAACAACGAUCAGACCUUAGAUAACAAGAAUAAUCAUAGUAUUUACGUAAAAGAUAACAAAAAUGUUAACAGCAAAAAAAAAAAUGACGACGUUAAGAAUAUUCGAGAUAAAUAUUACAGUACUCGUGUGACAAACAAUUUUGUGAAUUAUAACGAAAAAAAAAAAAAAAAUGUACAUCUUUUUAAAAAUAUUGAAAAUAUUAACCAUUUAUUGAAGAAAGAAUUAACAAUUAAAACUGAUAGAAACAAAGGUAUUAACAACACUAAAGAGCUAAAUACUUUUACAAAAAAAGACUUACAUGCUUCAGUUAAUAAGGUAGAAACAGAGGAAUACUUUCGAAAAUGUAAAAAUGAAAUUGAUAAUAAGAUGAACAAGUUAUUUGGAACAGAAAAAGAUCAAGAACAAAAGAAACAAACGCAGUUGUCACUGAAUAACGUGGAGGUGAAUUACUUAGAAAACAUUGAAGAUACCUUUCUUAAUUUUAGUGAGUCCAGAAAUUUAAGUAUGCCCAAGGAUCUAAUGAGGAACAGCCUAAUAGAGAAAAUAAAUUGGAUGGACACAACAAACAAAGUUGGACAAAUGAACGAAAUUGGUCAAAAUGAAAAAAUUGGAAAAAUUAGUGAUAUUGGCAAAAUUAACCAAAUAGGUGAAGUAUACAAAACGAACGUUCACGAGAAAGAUCCUCACACGAGUAGUACAGUGAAGCAAAGAAAGAACUUAACCAGAGGGAAAAGUGAAGGGUAUAAUGAAGGGAAGAAUAUAGGACAGAAUGAAGAGAAGAGUGUAGGGCAGGAUGGAGGGAAAAAUAAGGGGAAAAGUGAACAGUAUGGAGAAAUGCACAUUGAACAACCGAGUGACGAUGAAGGUGAGGAGGAAAAUUAUAUUAAAAUAUAUACCAAGAACUUUAACAUUAACGAAAAGUUAGUUCAAAAUAAAAAGUCCAAUAAGCAGAAGGACUCCUUUUCAGACGAAAUACAUUCGUUAUUAGAAAAUUCGAAAGAGUUAAAAAAAAAGUUAAAGAAGAAUUUAAAUAAUUUGUAUGAAAUGAGUUUAAGUGAGAUGAAAGGAAAGACCGUUGGUAUUUGUAAUAGUGGAUAUUGUAACCACUGUGGAAGUGGCAACAGCAUUGGAAGCAGUAACAACAGAGAAAUCGUUAACAGUAGCAACUGUAAUGUAGUGGAGGAGAAUCAGAAACACAGAUAUGAAGAACUUCUCAUCAAGCAAAGUGGUGCCAUUCAUAAUAUCAACUUAAAUAUGGAUAAAUUUCCAAUAUACAUAAACAAUCAAAAAGGAAAGCAUUCUGUUAGUAGUUUGGAAAAUUCUUUGGACAUAAAAUUAAAGGAAAAAAUUGAGAACAAAAUAAAUAAAAAGAAAGGAAAACUAUAUUUUGAUAACUCACUUACAUAUAAAAAAAAGACUAACCCUUCCUGUUUAUCUGCAUAUAAUGAAGUUGAUAAAACCGAUAUCCAUCACAAAUUAGAAGCCAAUACCAGUAAUGAUGAAAAUACUUUGUUAAAAACUAUAAAUAAAGAAUGUACUUUUUUACGAGGUGAAACGAAAGUUGCACAAGGGGUAGGGGAUGGCAACAAUGAUGAUGAUAAUGAUGAUGGUAAUGAUGAUAAUAGCAAGUUGAACACCUUGGCAAACACAGAUAUGUAUGAUGACCAUCUUCAUAGACCUAAUACAAAUAAAAACAGAGAAUCUUUGGAUUUUGUCACCAUUCAUCCGAAGACUUAUAUCAACAAAAAUGAUAAGAAUGAUGAUCUAGCUAGCUGUUCUAACCUCCAAAAUUUUGAUGAUGUUUACAAAUAUGUAUUAGAAAAUGGAUCUAAAAAAAAUUACUGCAAAAAUUACAUCAAUAAUACAGAGCUCUAUCAAGAUAAUACAAUAAAUGACCAUAUUAAUAAUAGAAAAGAGGAAAUAAUGAAAGAUAAAUUUAUGAAUAAAAAGAAAAAUUAUUUACUUGACCAGAAAGAUAGUGUAAACCUGAAAACGAAAAUAACAAAUAAAGCGUUUAAUCAUGUUGGAAAUAUUUUCCUUAAUUAUAAAAUGGGUAUACUUAACAAUAAUGAGGUAAAAGAGUAUAUAAGGAAGAAUCUAAAAGGUGAGGAUAGGAAGAUUGCCAAAUGUAGUAAGAAUACUAAAGAUAGAAACAAUGAUAUAGGCCAACAUGUCAAUAAAAUUUUAAUAAAUAGUAGAAUCGGAACAAAAAUACAUUCAAAUAACAUUAACAAUAACAAGAGUAUUAAUUACGGAAAUAGAGGAACUACGAAAUAUGAUAUCUGUGAUUAUAAAUUUUCAGUAUUGACCAAAAAAACAUCUCCGAGUGAAAAUUAUGUCGUCAGUGAUAUGGAAAAAGAGGGUGUUAGUAAUGACCAUUCGGAAAAAAUAAAUAUCUCGUACAAGAAGUGCAUUAAUGAUGAAAAGAGCAGCAAUAAGGAUAAUAACAAUAAUGAUAAUUGCAGUAAUAACAGCAAUGGUUUCUGUAGUAUUAGCAGAAAUGGUAAAUGCAAUGGCAAAUGCAAUGACAAAUGCAAUGGUAAAUGCAAUGGCAAAUGCAAUGGCAAAUGCAAUGACAAAUGCAAUGGCAAAUGCAAUGACAAAUGCAAUGACAAAUGCAAUGGUAAAUGCAUUGGCAAAUGCAAUGGUAAAUGCAAUGGUAAAUGCAUUAGUAACAGCAACAGCAACAGUAACAGCAACAGCAACAGCAACAGCAACAGCAACAGUAACAGCAACAGUAACAGCAACAGCAACAGCAACAGUAACAGCAACAGCAACUAUAAUGGCAGUGGUAAGAAGAAUGAGAGCAUCCGGGAUGCGUGCAAGAGUGAAAAUUCAAAAAAGUUUAUAGAUCUGUUAAAUACAUAUGAAAAGAAUAGAGACUCGUUAAGAGAUCGCCCCUUAUACUACCAUCUGAAUAAUAGUAAUAACACCCAUUCGGACACAAACGAUGUUAUUAUUAACAACUUUAUGAACAACACAAGGGGGGGUAAUAGUGGUACUAACGAUAUUGGCAGUGGAAAUAGUGGAAUCAGUAUUGGAAAUAAAGGAUUCAGUAAAGGUAAUAACAGAAUCACUAGCGGUAGUGUUCAUAGUAAUGGUACAGACAUUUCAAACUUAAAAUACUUCGACAAAAUGGACCGUGACAAAGCAAACUACAACGCAAAACAAAAUGUAUUUAUUAAUAAAAAAAAAUGUUUAACCAAUGAAUCAUAUGUAGGAAGUUCAUUAAGAUUAAGUGAAUUAUACAAUGACAAUAGGGAAAAGGUUGUCACCUCGUCCUAUGUUGCUACUUGUGAUACCAGCAAUGAGGAAAACAUCAACAAUGUAAGCAGUACGGUUGGAAGCAGACAUAACAGUAGCAGUAAUAAUAGUAGUAAAAAUGACAAAUGUAGUUAUACCAAUCGCAGUAAUAAUGAAAAUAGCUUCACUAACAGUAGAUGUAGGAGCUAUGGAAAGGAUGAAAAUACGAAAUUUAUAAAAUGCGUAAAGUCGUUUAACGAUUUAAACAAUGAAAGGAAAAAAAAUACAAUAGAAAAAAAUAUAAUAAAUCUCACAAAUCCUUUUCUAAAGUUGAAAGAAAAAUUCGAGAAUAAAAAUGGCAUACUUGAAAACUGUACUUCCAAAGAGAAAUUAUUAAAAAGUAAAAAGCUGUUAAGGUGUAUGAACAGUGAUGAAGAUUCAAUGAAUGUACAUCUGGUAAAUAAUCAAAGGAACCAAGAUGUCUUUUUGCAUCUCAAUAGAGCGGAGCAAAAACUAUUUAAUGAAGAGAAAAAUGAAUACGCUGUAAGUACCCACACGUGUUUAGAAAAGAACAGUAAUUGCUGCACUAAUACGAAUGAUAGCGACGAUAGGAACAGUACUGGUAAUACUGAUUUAAGUGGUAACACAAACAAUAACAGUAGUAGUAACAGUUAUAAUAAGGCAAAUGUCAUUCACAUUAUGAAUAAUAAUAUUAAUAAUUACGCAAAAUUGUUAAUUCCAUUAGAUGGGAAUGUUAAGGAAAAUUUUAUAAAAACGUCUAGUUCUACUACGUAUGAUUAUAGCGAUUUUGAUCUACACUAUUACUCCUCUAAUAAGGAUAACAUUGUCGACUCUUUUAAUACAGAAUAUAGAUUAACUUCACGAGAUAAAAGUACAUUACAAAGGCAUCGAAAACAAGAAAAAACUAGGUAUAUCCAGACUAGUGCUAAAUUUCAGUUAACGAAUUAG